AAGAGUUAGAUCUUGAGAUGGCUGUUAGCAAGGAGGUAGAGGGCAAGGUAGAGGAUGGAGUUGUAGAGAGUGGGGGAAGGGUGGCUGAAUGGUUGCUCACUGAUUGUGGGGCAUUGGUAGGUAACAGUAGAGGUGGUGGUAUGGAGGUGAGGGAAAGCAGAGCAAGUGAGAGCCCAAAUGUAAGUUUGAAGGAUAGUUGAGAAUGGAACAAGAAGCAGGUUCCCCAUCAGCUCUGAGAUAGAAAAAGUACCUGUACAGGGCAAUGUGAUAAGCGACUGUGAUAACAAGGCACAACAGGAGCCAGAUAAGAGAGUUAGAACUCAAACAACUUGGACAAAAUCAAAUAGAUAGGUUUUAAAGAGGGACCUGAAAGCAGGGAGAAAAGGUGAAAGGAUUUUUGGGGCGAAUUCCAUAGAUCAGGGUGUUGAGCCUGUUGCCUCGGCCACCAAUGGAACAUGAAACUGAGGUUCUCCUGAAGUUCCCAUGUCUUUCAUCAUGUCAAAACGAAGAGAAGACCUUUCCGAAACAGUACCUCCAAAGAAAAACAGAACUGAAGAUGGAGAAGAACUUGAUGCAGAAGAAACCAAGAGUACGAAUGGAAAAAAUGAUGAAAGAAGUGGAGAAAGUCAUCCAAAUUCACUUUUGAAUGAAGGUGAAGUGGGAAUAAUUGAAAGUAUUUCAUUGAAAAACUUCAUGUGCCAUGCUUGCCUUGGACCAUUUAAGUUUGGACCUAACGUUAACUUUGUGGUUGGAAACAAUGGAAGUGGCAAGAGUGCUGUUCUGGCUGCCCUUAUUGUAGGCCUUGGUGGAAAAGCUACUGCCACCAAUAGAGGAUACUCAAUAAAAGGAUUUGUGAAAAAUGGUCAAAAUUCUGCAGAUAUUGCAAUUACUUUGCGAAACAGAGGACCUGAUGCUUUUAAAGCUGAUAUUUAUGGAGAGGCCAUCAUAGUAGAACAGCACAUUUCUCGAGAAGGAAUAAGGCAGUACAGAUUAAAGAGUAAAACAGGACAUUUAGUUUCUACAAAGAAAGAGGAACUCAAUACAAUAUUGGACCAGUUCAAUAUUCAGGUAGAUAACCCAGUAUCAAUUUUAACACAAGAAAUGAGCAAACAUUUCUUGCAAUCCAAAAGUGAAGCAGAUAAAUAUAAGUUUUUCAUGAAAGCCACUCAGCUGGAACAGAUGCGAGAAGAUUAUGCCCAUAUAAUGCGGACCAAGGCACUAACAAAUGAGAAAAUUGGAAAACAGGAUGAAUCCCUAUCAGAACUAAAGGAGCUAGUCAAGGAAAAAGAAGAUCGAUAUAAAAGCCUUGCAUCACUAGAUGAACUCCAGGAGAAACUGGAGCAGCUCAAGAAUCAGAUGGUCUGGGCACUGGUCAUCGAGCUUGAAAAAGACUUGCAACCAAUAAAAGCUCGUAUUAAAACAGAAGAAGGUCGCAGUGUCAAAUAUGAUCAGAAAGUAGAGGAAUGGCAGGUCAAAGUCAGUGAGGAAGAAGAAAAAUUUAAAGCAGUUCAAGAUCGGUUGCAGAAAAUUACAGAGGAAACGCAAGUAUUAGGACCACAGCGUACUGCUUUGAAAGAAGAUGUACAAAGUAAAAACAAAGCAUAUAAAGAAACCGAGGCAAUGUUCCACCGCUACAGAACACAGUCGAAACAGCUUGAAAAAGAUCAUACACAAUUACAACGCCGAAUUGAAGAACUGAAAAAUAGUGUAAAUCAAAGCUCACAGGCUGACCUGCGGGAACGGCAGGAAAGAAUUAACAGUCAGCAGGAGCAGCUGAAAGUGCUGAAGGAUCAGGAGGCCACCACCCUGCAGCAGACAGACCAGUUUCAACAUGCAAUCAGCAAAUCCAGAGACGAACUGUAUCAACUUAGGCGAGAAGAACAAGAUGUAAAAAACGUUUGUGAAUCCAGGAAGAGACGCCUGAAAGAGCUAAAGGCCAGUCGAACAGACAGGCUGGAACGCUUUGGAGAGAACGUGCCUUCAUUGCUCAAUGCAAUAGAGGAAGCACAUAAGGGUGGCCGUUUCCGUAAGAAACCAGUUGGCCCUUUAGGUGCUUGCUUCAGACUGAAAUAUCCGGAAUUCGGUUUAGCAGUUGAAAGUUGUUUGAAGGGACUGUUGCUUUCAUUUUGCUGCGAUAAUUUCAGAGAUGAACAGGUUUUGCAGUCUUUGAUGUCUCGAAACUUCAGGACUGGAAGAAGACCCCAAAUUAAUGUGUGCGAGUUUCAGAAUGAUGUGUACGAUGUAAGGGGCAAAGGUGUUUAUCAUCCAGAUUUCCCAACAAUUCUUGAUGCCAUAGAAAUAGAUAAUGCAGUGGUGGCAAACUGUUUGAUUGAUAUGCGAGGAAUAGAAAGAGUCCUGUUAAUCAAAGACAACAGCACAGCGCGUAAAGUUAUGCAGCAACAAAAGGCACCUAAGAACUGCAGAGAAGCUUUUACAGAAGCAGGUGACCAGGUCUUUACAAACCGCUACUACUCCUCAGAAAUGGAUAGAGCAAGAUACCUGGGUAGUGAUGUAGAAACAGAAAUCAGACAGCUGGAAAUUGAAAUCAAUAACAAGGUGGCACAAUUAUCACACUUUCAACAGCGAUUGCAAUCAAUAGAGGAAGAAAUCAGGCUGAAUGAGGUCCAGUUGAAAAAGAAACAGAUCCAAAGAAGGCAAAUCCAGGAAAACAUUACAAAACACAAUUUAGAAAUUGCAGAUUUAGAGAAUGUGGAGGAACUGCAGUCAGUAGACAUCUCAACACUGGAAGAAGAAGCCCAAGAUAUCUGGCGCAGAAUCGAGUCUGGCAAGGGUAAAUUGGAGAAGGCCAAGGAAGACAUGGAUGUGCACAGAAAAAUCUUGGAUGAGGCUGAACAAAACUAUAAAGAGAUAAAAGAGAAAAUAAGUUUGAUAGCUGAAGAAGCUGAUCCAAUAAAGGAAGAACUGAGUUCGAUUGACACGGAGAUUGUAAAGGACAAACACCUUUGGAGGCAUUAUGAGAACAAGAAAAAGGAGCACUUGUACGGUAUAGAUAAAUUGAAGGAAGAUCUGACUACUAAGGAAAAAGUUUUAGAGGAAAAUACUUCUAAAGCCAGUCAGAUCUGCAAAGAACGGUUGGAAGUCACCAAAACCCCAAAGAGCAUCGAUUUGGAGAUCAAUCAUUUGAGAGAAAGGAUCAACACCGAACAGAAACUUCAUGGAAACAGGGAGGAAAUUAUAAGGCAAUACUUUGAAGUUUUGGAAACAUACAAAAGGGUAAAAGGCCAGAUCAAGAGCCUGAAGAAGUUUAUGCGGCUGCUAACUAAAAUAAUGGAAGGUAGACACAGAGCAUAUAAAAUAUUCAGAAGGUACAUUUCUCUUCGCUGCAAGUAUUACUUUAACACGAUGCUCUCUCAGCGAGGUUACCAUGGAAAAAUGAACUUCGACCAUAAAAAUGAAACCCUUUCAAUUGCAGUACAGCCUGGAGAGGGGGACAAGGCAGCACUGAGUGACAUGCGAUCCCUUUCUGGAGGUGAACGAUCAUUCUCAACUGUGUGCUUCAUCCUUUCCCUGUGGGAUACAAUGGAGUCUCCUUUCAGAUGCCUGGAUGAAUUUGAUGUGUAUAUGGACAUGGUUAAUCGUAGGAUUUCAAUGGACAUGAUGCUAAAGGUGGCAAAUUCCCAACGUUAUCGCCAGUUCAUUUUUCUUACUCCACAGAGUAUGAGCUCUUUGCCUUCAAGUAGCCUCAUCAGAAUCCUCCGCAUGCACGACCCUGAAAGGGGACAAACCACACUGCCCUUCCGUCCGCGAGAUCAAGCUGAAGAUUCAGAUGAUUAAACUGCAGUCAGUGCACAUGAUGUUAUGCGUAAAAUCAAGAGCCUCCGGGAUGCUACCCCACGUGAAGUUGUUGUUCUAAAAUAUUUCUCUUAUAUUUGUUAAAAUAGUUGUUUUUAUAUUUCAAGAAAUUAACCUUGGAUAUUCAACACAGGAAAAAAUGACGUUACAGCUUUCAGGUUAAAGUAUGUCCAUGCCACUGUUUAUUUGUUUCACAUAGUACCACAAUUUUGUUAACAGUUCUGGGUUGUUUUUUUCUGCACAAUUUCAUUGUAGAAGAUAUUGAUGACUUGUCUGAUUUAUGAUAUUUGUAAAAGCUGUAACAAACAUAUGUACUGCACCGAACACUUUUACCAGCAUUUUUUUUACAUUGCAUACAAAAAUGGAAAGAUCUGGUAAGCUUUAUUGUUACCUUUUGUCUGAACAAAUAAAGCACUCUCUUGGUGAAGUGGAAUCUUUGAAAAGAUGUAAUUUGUGAGAUUAAAAUCUUUGAUAUUAAAAGUUAAGUUAUGUUUCAAGUUCUAGUUUUGUGGACUGUUUUUAAUAUUGUUUUGAAUUCAAAGCUCUGGAUUACCAAUCAAACAAUGUAUUAACGGGAAGUACAUUCUACUGAGUUGUCCCAUAGUCCUAAAUAAAAUAAAAGAAUAUGCAUCCACACUUUUCUCAGUCAUCCCUAAAUCUUGCUUUGGAGCUACUUGUUAUUUAAUCCCGGAACACCUGGUGCCACAUCAAGCUAUAUUUGUAUAACAUUAUGAAUGGAUUGUGGGCAUCAAACCAUUAUUUUAGAGGAUUUGCAAAAAUAUGACUUGCUUCCAGACUACCUCGAACCAGCAGAUCUAAAACAGAGUGACAAUGGGAGACUGAGACGAUACAAAGCUCUGCACACUGUAUUUCCCUUGUAUAAAAUUACAGGACAUUCCAGUUGGCUGUCCUAUUUAACACAAUGGAAAAUUAGGAAAUAGUAAUUUACAUGUUGUACUCUGAAUAUCUAUUCUGAAAGAGGAAUUGUAUACUGCUUUUAACAAUUGAGAUCACUAAUUGAUCUGUUUAACAUUUUAUUGUUAACUUGUAAGUAAAGCAGUGGUACUUUGUUGCUUAUUAUGUACUAUAUUUCUUUUCUUGUUUUUAUCACAUUGUUAAAUGAUGGUAUUUUACUGUGUUAAGACCUGCCAAUUGAAUUGUACAUUUUCCUGUUUGACAUAAAAUAAAAUCGGAUUCCCAUGAA